CGUAGAAAAAAUCCUUGGUUCUUUUCGGUCAACUUGGGGAAUUGAUUUGUUUUGGGCUCUUCCACUCAGCUCAGGCCUCAGAGUAUCGUCUAAUAGCGGUUACUUUCCUCCACUGCUUCAACCUCCAUUAUCUCUUAACCCCCAAGGUUUGCCUAUCAUCACACGUACAUUCCCUCUCUCUAUCCCUCUUAGGCUUUCUUUUUCUGUCAAACCAAAUGUUCUCAAACUGAAUUUACACUUCUUUUGCGCUCACGAAAUUUCACAAAUCCAGAACAGACUGAUGGAUGCACGGAACCUGUAUGCAAGUAGGUCACUGUGAACCAUGGCUUCAAUUAAACUUUCCAUUUCCUUUGAUAGAUAUGAUUCAAAGAAGGUCAAUGUAAAUCCAGCUCAACUUUCGAAUUUGUGCUCGGUUUCUUCGAUUCUUAGCUACAUCCAUGUAAGUAGAGCUUGUAAAAUCAAUUCAGUGAAUAGGGUCAAUCACAUUAAGGUCUCUCCGUUUGACACUGAAUUGCCUGAAGUGACCGAAUCUAAUAAAGCUGAUAGCGACGUUGUUUUGUCUCCAACUAAAGGUUUGGUAAAGGAGAGCUUGAUUGAGAAAAACCCCAAUUUUAAACGUGAAGUUGAAAAAGGGUUUCGGGGUACAAAGAAGGGGAUUAAAAGGGAGGUGGGUUUGAAAUUUAGGUACAGAAGGAAUGGUGGUGACCGAGAAAUAGAGAAUUUGUUUGUGGGUGAUGGUGAAUUGGAUGUUAAUUACUCUGCUAUUGGGUCAGACUUAAGUUUGGAGCAGUGUAAUGCCAUUUUGAAACGGCUAGAGAAGUGUAGUGAUAACAAUACUCUGGCGUUCUUUGAGUGGAUGAGAAGCAAUGGGAAGUUAGAGCAGAAUGUAUGUGCUCAUUCUUUAGUUCUUCGGGUGCUUGGUAGAAGAGAAGAUUGGGAUGCAGCAGAGACGAUGGUUCAGGAAUUAAGUUCUAAAUUGGGCUGUGAAUUGGAUUGCCGGGUUUUUAAUACGGUUAUUUAUGCUUGUUAUAAGUUGGGGCGAGUAGAGUUGGGUGCAAAGUGGUUUCGAAUGAUGUUGGAAAAUGGGGUUCAGCCUAAUGUUGCUACCUUUGGGAUGCUUAUGGGGCUUUACCAGAAGGGUUGGAGUGUUGAGGAGGCACAAUUUACUUUUUGCCAAAUGAGGAACUUUGGGAUUGUUUGUCAGUCUGCAUACUCAGCAAUGAUCACAAUUUUUACCCGUUUGCGUUUGUAUGACAAGGCGGAAGAGGUUAUUCGCUUCAUGAGAGAAGAUAAAGUGUUACUAAAUUUGGAGAAUUGGUUAGUAAUGCUGAAUACAUACUGUCACCAAGGCAAAUUAGAGGAAGCUGAACUGGCAUUAUUCUCAAUGCAUGAAGCAGGGUUUUCCCCAAAUAUUGUUGCAUACAAUACAUUGUUAACUGGGUAUGGGAAGAUAUCCAACAUGCAUGCUGCUCAACGCGUAUUUCUGAGCAUCCAUGAAGUUGGAUUAGAGCCUGAUGAAACUACUUACCGUUCCAUGAUUGAAGGUUGGGGUCGCGCUGACAAUUAUAAGGAGGCAGAAUGGUAUUUUAAGGAGCUCAAGCGGUCAGGAUACAAGCCUAACUCGUCUAACUUGUACACGCUAAUAAACUUGCAAGCCAGACAUGAGCAUGAAGAGGGUGCUCUAGAAACUCUUGAUGAUAUGCUGAAGAUGGGAUGCCAAUGUUCCUCCAUCCUCGGAACUCUUUUGCAGGCAUAUGAGAGAGCUGGAAGGAUUGAUAAAGUGCCUCUGAUAUUGAAAGGUUCUUUAUAUCACCAUGUUCUUGUUAAUCAGACCUCUUGCUCUAUUUUGGUCAUGGCAUAUGUAAAACACUGCUUGGUGGAUGAUGCCAUAAAAGUGUUGGGGGAGAAAGUCUGGAAGGAUCUACUUUUCGAGAAUAACUUGUAUCAUCUGUUGAUUUGCUCAUGCAAAGAGUUGGGUCAUCUUGAGAAUGCUGUUAAGAUAUACACUCAGAUGCCCAAACAUGAUGACAACCCAAACUUGCACAUUUCAUGCACAAUGAUUGACAUUUACAGUGUCAUGGGUCUCUUCCCCGAAGCUGAGAAACUUUAUCUGAAGUUGGUAUCUUCAGGGAUUCCCCUGGACAUGAUUGCUUUUAGCAUUAUUGUAAGAAUGUAUACCAAAGCCGGAUCUUUGAGCAAGGCUUGCUCUGUUUUAGACAUGAUGGACAAGCAGAGGGACAUCGUUCCAGACAUUUAUCUGUUCCGUGAUAUGCUCCGCAUAUAUCAGCGAUGUGGUAUGCUGGAUAAAUUGGCAGGUGUAUACUAUAAAAUUAUGAAGAAUGGAGUGACUUGGGAUCAGGAAAUGUACAAUUGUGUGAUAAACUGCUGUGCUCAUGCUCUUCCAGUUGAUGAGCUUUCCAGGAUUUUUGAUGAAAUGCUUCAGCGAGGCUUUUCUCCUAAUACUAUUACCGUCAAUGUCAUGCUUAAUGUUUAUGGAAAA